GCACUAAGUCUGUGGCAGCGACUAAAGACGUGGGUUGACUGCGGAGCGCAAAGACUCAAAGCUCUCAGAGGCUAGAACAGGACGUCCCAUUACCCAUUCCCUGCUUGAAAGGCGACUCCAAGUUUCAGGGUCGGGAGAAGGGACAAGGUGAAGAAAACUGCGAGAGAGGGCGGGAACCUGAGAGAAGCUGGACUGGGUGGGCCAGUGCUUUAUUCACCCGGGCGAAGACGGGGAGUGGAGAGGAGCUAGCAGACGCGGCAGCAGCGCCUGGCGCACUGGAAGUGCAGGGGACGCGCCCGCAGGCUUGGUGGCCGCGCCUGUGACCUCUCCUUUGGGCUGAGAACACAGGCGGAGGAGUUACUGAGGAGCCCACGGAACUGGCUAGCCAAAGGAGACAAGCCUAUAGUCUCCAUGAUCCUCCCGUCCUCUGUUCUUUCCCUGGUCCGCUCCAUGUUCAAGAGCUGCGCUCCGCAGCCAGGACGAGGAGAGCUAUGGAGGAGCAGGGUAUUCAGUGCGCCCCGCCGCCUCCCGCCGCCUCCCAGACAGGGGUACCUCUCACCAACCUCUCCCACAACUGCAGCGCCGACGGCUACAUUUACCAGGACUCCAUCGCCCUGCCCUGGAAAGUCCUGCUGGUUGCUUUGUUGGCGCUCAUCACCUUGGCCACCACGCUCUCCAACGCCUUUGUAAUCGCUACGGUGUAUCGGACCCGGAAGCUACACACCCCGGCUAACUACCUGAUCGCCUCUCUGGCAGUCACUGACCUGCUCGUGUCCAUCCUGGUGAUGCCCAUCAGCACCAUGUACACGGUCACUGGACGCUGGACACUAGGCCAGGUGGUCUGCGACUUCUGGCUGUCGUCGGAUAUCACCUGUUGCACUGCUUCCAUCAUGCAUCUCUGUGUCAUCGCCCUGGACCGCUACUGGGCCAUCACCGAUGCGGUGGAGUAUUCUGCUAAAAGGACUCCCAAAAGGGCGGCCAUCAUGAUCGUGCUGGUGUGGGUCUUCUCCAUCUCUAUUUCGUUGCCACCCUUCUUCUGGCGUCAAGCCAAAGCAGAGGAGGAGAUGCUGGACUGCUUUGUGAACACCGACCACGUCCUCUACACGGUCUACUCCACGGUGGGCGCUUUCUAUUUACCCACCCUGCUCCUCAUCGCCCUCUAUGGCCGCAUCUAUGUGGAAGCCCGCUCUCGGAUUUUGAAACAGACACCCAACAAGACCGGCAAGCGCUUGACCCGAGCCCAGUUGAUAACAGACUCCCCGGGAUCCACAUCCUCGGUCACCUCCAUUAACUCCCGGGCUCCGGACGUGCCCAGUGAGUCCGGGUCUCCUGUGUACGUGAACCAAGUCAAAGUGCGAGUCUCAGACGCCCUGCUGGAAAAGAAGAAACUCAUGGCCGCUAGGGAGCGCAAAGCCACCAAGACCCUAGGGAUCAUUUUAGGAGCAUUUAUUGUGUGUUGGCUGCCCUUCUUCAUCAUCUCCCUGGUGAUGCCUAUCUGUAAGGAUGCCUGCUGGUUUCACAUGGCCAUUUUUGACUUCUUCAAUUGGUUAGGCUAUCUUAACUCCCUCAUCAACCCCAUCAUCUACACCAUGUCCAAUGAGGACUUCAAACAAGCGUUCCACAAACUGAUACGCUUUAAGUGCGCAGGUUGACUUGUCAAUGGCAGUGGGGUCGCCUAAGCGACCUUUGGGGACCAAGUUGGGUCUUUUCACAGGUAGGUCAAAUCUUCUUUCCCUGUUACUGGGUGGAAGCAAGGCUCUCUCUUCUGGGCAAGGGCAAUGGAUCCUCAGAGGCCCCGGCAGAAGCCUAGCUUCUCUGAGAGAGCACUCUGGAAUGUGAACAACGCAAACUACUGUAAAGCUUCCAUACCCGAGGAACUUAGCUUCCUCCACUCAAAGUCCGGGCUCAGCACAGAUCCUCCAGCAGCCAUUCACACAAAAGGUUGCAACUUUUUAACAUUGGUGAUGGAUGGGUAUCCCUGCCCCGUUUUGUAUCAUGGAUGUUGUUGCCCUCUAAGCCAGUAGCACUUGUAGAUGUUGUCUGAGGCCUGAGACACCUCUACAUACAGCCUGGCAGUACUUGAACUUGACAAUUAAUACUCUAUGCUCUGGGGAGAACUCUGUGUUACAGCUUAAGUUUUAAACACUUUGGCAUCCUUCAGUCUUCAUUUAUUUAUUUAAAUUUGGUCGGAGAAACUUGUGGAUUUGGUGCUUCAAACACUGAAUGUGGCUUGGACGGCACAGAGCAACCUUGAAGAGUUAACAGCAAAAUUCUGAUGCUAAGAUCUCUAUUUUUAUUACAAUCAAAAAUUAUAUGGGGGUGGUGGGUGGGCAUGGGAGAAGGGGAGUGAUACUCAGAAUCAACACCUAAGAUUGUUUGUUUUCUGCAGAUUUCUAAUUUUUUUAAUUCCUGUUUAGUGAUCGUCAAUCCACAGCUCUUAACAACUCAAAACAUGAUGUGUGCUAGUGCCAAAGUCUGCAGGCUGCUUUGUUUUCUAAUCUCACGUACCUGUCAUUUCACACACUUAAAUCCCCACGGAAAGAGGAUAGGCUGGGUUGCUCAGCCCAACCUGCAGCUGUCAGAGUUCAAGUGGAUUAGAGUUGUAUACUGUUCCUUAACAAGAAAGUAGCUUUUUUCAUUAUCCAGUUCCAUGCUGCGCAGAGGAGACUGAAGAAACACAAGCGACUUCUUAUAUAAUUGAGGAAUGAAGGGGGAAAUAGGAGGAUGUAUAUUUUGACUUGUAAAAAAAAACUUAAAAAUUGCAUGAGACAAUUUUUGAUAAUCAUUUGCACUCUCUCCCAUCUGUGAUUCCUUUGUGUGUGAAUUUUUAAAGUAACCAAGAGAGCUGGUUUCCCUGUUCAGAAAUCUUGAAAAUGCCCCCAAUACUAUUAAAGUGUGUGUGAGUGUGUGAGUGUGUGUGUGUGUGUGUGUGUGUGUGUGUGAGAGAGAGAGAGAGAGAGAGAGAGAGAGAGAGAGAGAGAGAGAGAGAGAGAGAUUCCAGCUUGUUUUGUCCUUACUAUUAAAGUUUGGGCAGGAGCAGCUAGGAAGAUUACACAUUAGAAAUGUAGAAAAGCCGAGAAAGCCUGAAAACAAACCUAUUUUCUUUAUAACUUAUAUAGAACCAAACCUCAGGCUUAUUAAACAACCAGGAAACUGGCAAGCCUUCUAGCCUUGGAAACAUUAGUGACCUGCCACUUCAGUGACUAGAACAUUGGAAAUAAUUUAAGCGUAUCUCUUUUUCUAAGUUUCAAUAACACUUAGUUAUUUUGGAUUCACUUUAGGGGGUACAUAAUACAGUAAAAUCACAUCCUAGAAGAUGAAAAAAAUGCACUUUCUUAAUAAAAAGAAGCAGUCCUGAAGGGUUAACUGUAAGAACAAAUGUGUAUGUGGAAUGUUUAAUAUGCCAAAGAAGAUUCACAGUCCUUGCUUCAGAGGCUGUCUGCACUGGAGACCUUUUGUCUGCAGAAGGAAGUUGUCUUUAUAAAAUGGAUCCACUCCCUGUGUGAAGCUGCCCAGUCCAGAUCAUCACACAAUAGAUGUAGUGAGCUGAAUUAUACUGCUUGCCUACUGUGCAGACCUUCACAUUGGGUAAUGACUCUUGAAAAGAUGCUAUUCAAAAGUUCACAUGUACUGUAGGUAAAAAAGGGAAUUUCAACCAACAUUAUACCUGACACUGGAGUAGGAUGAAAUCUUAGGCAUUAGAUAAUCCUAUAGACUGGGAUCUAUAGUUUAUUCUGUUGGAUCCCUAGCUUCUUUGUUUGUGCUUUGUGACAUUUCUCCUAUGGAGGAAUGCACAUAGAGCAUGCAUUUGUUUUUUAUAUUGUUAAUAUGUUGGUCUUCUGUUUGUGUAGCUGCGUUUUCUUGGGGCCUAAGAGGCAAUUAAGUCAACUUCUAAGAGCCUUAGUGGAAAAUUAAUGGAAACAAAUAGCCACUUGCAAAAUGAUUUCUUUAUAGGGCACCUACAAUGAUUGUGUCAUUAUGUUAAUAAACAUGGUCGAUUUAGUGAAAUGGGUUGUUUGCCAUUUUGUAAAUCACCCACCUUAAUUAUUGCUUGAGUAUUUGGCUGAACUGACUGAAUUUGGGGCAUCGUGUAUCCAAUAGAAGCUUGCAAACCUUUGUAGUGAUAAGAGAUCUAGGAUCAUCGUCCAGCAUUGCACAUGAUAUGCAAGGUGUAUAUUCAUCCCAGGGGUACGCAUUUAGGACUGUUAAGCUCCUUUGCAGUUCCUAUUGCAUAUAAGCAUAGUUUGUUUCUUAAACUGGACACAUGUCUUUUUUGCAGAACAUAAAAUGGGAGAUGGAGAUGUUUAACUUGCAUAGAAAUGAAACUAUAUUUUCAUUGACUAUGGUAACAAAUACCAUUUUCCAUAUUGUUUAAUUGCACAAAAUUUCACUCAAGUAUAUGAAUGUAUACUCAUCUAAAAUUACAAAUAUUGUCUUGUGUUUGUAGGAACUUUAGAGUUUCCUUUAAAAAAAAAGGACCCUGCACCCAAGGAAUGAAUGUUUAAGGAAUUCAACAAAUUUCCUAUAGAACAAUAUUGUUCACUUCCUCUCUAUUAUCUUAGUUUUACCUUCUUUAAGCAGGAAGCACUGAGAGGACUCUAGCUCACUCAAGCAGUAAUGUCUCAGACUGUGUGUAUUUGUUGGAGUUCUGUGUCUGAAAUUGCCUUUGGUAUUUCACCUCUCAGAAAAUGUGUAAUUGGAAAAUAAAUUUAGGUAUAUGAUGAAAUAAAAGUCCUUUUUUGUGUUCUAAAAA